AUGGUGUCAAGAGAAUCAACCAAGAAAUAUGAAGUAUGUAUCUUCGCUUUAUCUUUGAAUUCCCAUUCGCUUGCUGCUGCUAAAUCGUUCUUACUUGGUGGUGCUCAUCGCCAGUAUUUUACUCACUCAAUAACAGAAACCAAAUCAAAGAAAAUGCUUGAAUACCUCACUGCCGUUGUCUUUGGCAUGGUGUGGUUAACUUGUGCAGCUGCGCCAUGGUAUAGAACGUUCUGCCAAGCUACUGGAUAUGGAGUCUCUUUCUUAAUCGGUGCUGGCUUUGUACUAGUACAAACUGUUGAGGAGAAGAUUGCUAGGCACUCAGAAUCUGGUGCCGUCACUGAAAGGGAGAUUGUGGUGCCGUUCAAUGGUGAUGUUGCAGAUGGGAUGCAGUGGAAGUUCACUCCAACUUAA